AUGGUAUCACUCAAUCGGCUUGCGGCCCUGCUGGCUUCCGCGUAUUGCUGCGUUGAAGGGUUGGCCACGGGUGUCCAAGGUAAUCGGCUCACCGUCGUCGACCCGGGGAAGCGCGAGGCCCUCCAAGACCUGGUAACAUGGGACGCUCACUCUCUCUUCGUCAGAGGUGAACGCAUCGUCUUCUAUUCGGGCGAGUUCCACCCUUUCAGACUGCCUGUUCCUGGUCUCUGGCGAGAUAUCCUCCACAAGAUCAAGGCACUGGGCUACACCGGCGUCUCCUUCUACGUCGACUGGAGGCUGCACGAGAGCAACCCUGGCAAGUUCAGCGCCGAGGGUGUGUUCGCCUGGGAGCCAUUGUUUGAGGCUGCCUCUGAAGUGGGAUUGUAUCUGCUGGCACGCCCUGGCCCGUACAUCAAUGCCGAGGUGGCAGGUGGCGGCUUUCCUGGUUGGUUACAGAGAGAGCCCGAGAUGCUGCGAACCAACGGCAGCUUCGUCGAUGCUACCAAGAACUACAUCAGCAAGAUUGGCAAGAUCAUGGCGGAUGCUCAGAUUACCAAUGGCGGCCCAGUCAUCGCGUUCCAGGCAGAGAACGAGUACACUUUCGGUGCAGACUGGGUCAAGUGGCCGGACGUCGAGUUCAUCGAAACCACCAACCAGCUCUUCCGUGACGCUGGCAUCGUGGUCCCUUUCAUCAACAACGAGGCCGCGGCAGUCGGUCUGUUCGUCCCGGGAGAGCCUGGUGGGCCAGACAUCUAUGGGCAUGACAAUUAUCCCGUUGGCUGGACUUGCAGUCAACCGGGCAACUGGACGGUCGAUGGCCUUCCGACCUACUUCCGCGAGGUGCAUCUCGAGCAAAGCCCGAACACGCCCUACGCCAUUCCAGAAUUCCAAGGCGGUGCUAUUGCCUACUGGGGCGGCUCGUGGGACCUGGAAGACUGUGCGACCUACAUCGGGCCCGAGGAGCUGCGCAUGUUUUACAAGAACAGCCUUUCUUUUGGCUCCACCAUCUUUAACUUGUACAUGACAUAUGGUGGAACCAACUGGGGCAACCUGGGCCAGCCGGGCGCAUACACGUCUUAUGACUAUGGGGCCGUGAUCAAGGAGGAUAGGACGAUAGUCCGUGAGAAGUAUGUAGAAGCCAAGCUUCUGGGACAGUUCAUCAAGGCAUCUCCGGCCUAUCUUGAGGCCACGCCUGGCAAUCUCACCAACACAACCUAUACGAGCACAACCGCGAUUUCAACAACGCCCAUCCUUAGCAAUACCACCAACUUCUAUGUCAUUCGUCACUCCGAGUAUACCUCUCGCGACUCGACAGAUUACACGUUCACCGUCACAACCAGCGUCGGCAACGUCACGAUCCCCCAGCUUGGCGGCACCUUGACACUAAACGGCAGGGACUCCAAGUUCCACGUCACGGACUAUGAUGUAGGCGGCCACAACCUCAUCUACUCGUCCGCGGACAUCUACACCCACGGCGCCACAGGCGGAAAGCGCGUGUUGAUCCUCUACGCCGCCGCUGGUGAGACCCACGAGUUCGCCUUCCCUGCAAAGCUCGGAAAGCCCACCAUCGAGGGUGACAGCAGCACCGUGAAGAUCGAGACCGUUGGCUCUGCCAAUGCUGUGCAGUGGGAGGUCACUCAGGAGCGCAAGGUAUUGCACUAUGGCAGCAACCUGGAUGUGUACCUUUUGUGGAGAAAUGAGGCCUUCAACUACUGGGUUCUGGAACUCGAGGCUGCCUCUCCGGUCAGCAACUACACGGCCCAGAACAAGGAGUCUGUCAUUGCGAAGGGAGGUUAUCUCCUUCGUACGGCUACCAAGGAAGGGACUUCGUUGUAUCUCACCGGCGACCUCAACGCAACCAGUACGCUCGAGAUUAUUGCUGGUCUUCCCGGAUCGAACAACAUAUACUUCAACGGCGCCAAGGUCCCCGGCGUGAAGUCUGCGAAUGGCCGGCUGUCAGCAACGCUGACAUAUUCACCGCCCAAUAUAAACGUCCCGGACCUCUCGGCCCUAGAAUGGAAAUACCUCGACUCGCUUCCAGAGAUCCAGGAAUCUUAUGAUGACACGCUGUGGACAAAAGCCGACCAAGUCAACACCAGCAACACCUUCCGUGAUGACGAAGGCAACGUACUUACCCUGAAGACGCCCACCUCUCUGAUCUCAGGCGACUACGGCUACCAUACGGGCUCGCUCAUAUACCGCGGCUACUUCACAGCGAGUGGCAACGAGUCCUCGCUACACCUGACCACCCAGGGCGGUUCAGGCUUCGGCCACUCGGUCUGGGUGAACUCGACCUACCUAGGCUCGUUCAACGGCGCCGGCACCCCGGGCGGUUACAACCAGACGCUGAGUCUCUCGUCCGCGGGCCUCAAGCGCGGAGGAGAGUAUGUCAUCACCGUGCUGAUCGACCACAUGGGUGAGGAGACGAACUGGACGCCUGGGCUCGACAUGAUGAAGACACCCCGCGGGAUCCUCAACUACACCCUCGACGGACACCCGCAGUCCGCUGUGGAGUGGAAGAUCACGGGCAACCUGGGCGGCGAGCAGUACCUGGACCUUGCGCGCGGCCCCCUCAACGAGGGCGCGCUCUUUGCCGAGCGUCAGGGCUACCACCUCCCCGAGGCCCCGAGCGGGGAGUGGGAGGCCCGGAGCCCGGUCGAAGACGGUGUUGAGGGUGCGGGCGUUGGGUUCUUCGCCACGAGCUUCGACCUGGACAUCCCUGCUGGUUGGGACGUGCCGAUGGCCUUCGUGUUUGCCAACACUACUUCUGCGGAAGGUGGUCCGGCGGACUUUAGGGUCCAGUUGUUCGUCAAUGGAUAUCAGUUCGGGAAGUACAUCAACAACCUUGGACCUCAGACCAGCUUCCCCGUUCCCCAGGGAAUCCUCAACUACAGCGGGACAAACUAUGUGUCGGUCACGCUUUGGUCACAGGAGGAGUCUGGUGUUAAGCUGGGCGGGCUGGAGCUCGUUGCGGACGCCGUGAUUCAGUCCGGAAUGAGUGAUCCUGGGCUCAGCCCGAUGCCUGCCUGGGAAGAGCGGGAGGGUGCCUACUGA